CAGCCAGCCGGUUGCCCACGGUUGAGUUCGUGGGCGGUGGGCGCGCCAACAAAGCCGUCAAACGCCAGCGGCAGACCGGCAGUCGAUCUUUGUGUGUAGUGUGUAUAAACGAGGCCUCCAGAUCGACAGUCAGAUAAGCUCGAGUUCCGGUGUGCUAGUGAGCGAGCCCCCUUCUCCUUGUAAGCACACACCGCUAGCUGGCACCAUAUCUCCGGCGAUGUCGGCGUCGUCGGACAAGAAGAAGACGGCGUGCGUGACGGGAGGGAGCGGGUACAUCGGCUCGGCGCUGAUCAAGAUGCUGCUGGAGAAGGGCUACGCCGUGAAGACGACGGUCAGGAACCCCGAUGACGUGGCCAAGAACUCGCACCUCAAGGAGUUGCAGGCACUUGGCCCCCUGGAGGUCCUCCGCGCCGACCUGGGCGAACAAGGCAGCUUUGACGAAGCCGUUGCCGGCUGCGACUACGCCUUCCUCGUCGCUGCUCCGAUGAACGUCCGAACAAAGGAUCCUCAGAAGGAGCUGGUCGAGGCCGCCGUCCAUGGAACUCUGAACGUCAUGAGGUCGUGCGUGAGAGCCGGGACUGUGAAGCGCGUGGUCCUAACCUCUUCGGCGGCCGCGGUCGCCACCAGGCCGUUGGAAGGCGACGGGCACGUGCUGGACGAGGACUCCUGGUCCGACGUCGAGUACAUCACGGCCAACAAGUCUCCCUUUUGGGCGUACCCGGUGUCCAAGGUGUUGCUGGAGAAAGAGGCGUCCAGGUUCGCGCAGGAGCACGGCGUCAGCCUCGUCACCAUCUGCCCCGUCGUCGUCCUCGGCGCGGCGCCCGCCAGAAAGGCCGACGCGAGCGUUCCGGCCAUGCUCUCCCUGCUAUCCGGCGACCAGGCAGCGUUCGGCGUGGUGAAAGCCAUCGAGGCGACCACCGGCUGUGUGCCGCUGGUUCACGUCGACGACCUCUGCCGCGCCGAGAUAUUCCUCGCUGAGGAGACGGCGGCCGCGGGGAGGUACAACUGCGGCAGCCUCAACACGACCAUCGUCGAGAUCGCCCGUUUCCUGGCACACAAGUAUCCACAGUACAACGUGAACACAGAUAAUCUCCCCGGCGAUUUGCUUGAGAAACCGAGAGUGUGCCUCUCGUCAGAGAAGCUCGUCGGUCAAGGCUUCGAGUUCAAGUACAAGACUCUGGAUGAGAUUUACGACAACGUCGUCGAGUACGGCAAGGCUCUUGGCCUUCUGCCCAACUGAUGUGAUGUGAUGCUCCUCUCUGCAGAAUAAAUCUCUUUUACCGCACGUAAGCACAACGCCUGAACCCUAGCGGUUAAUUCCAUCUGUAUGAGAGCAUGGCUUAUAGAGGCAGCUGAAGGCUUUAUACUACUGCCAUGUCAUAUAGAACCAAUCUGAAUGUGUCAUUAAAAAUCUGAAUGUGUAGGUGUGCACUAUGUAUUAUUAUGAAACCGGUUCCGCUGGCUUAGGCCAUUCCUAGUGGAGGUUUUAUUGGGAUUUUAUUCUCAUUAAAUGAGGUGACACAUGAGCAGGCUUGAUGACA